AUGAGUGGCAUAUCUUUCCUGGACACUUUGUGUGUCGAUCAGAAGCAAAAGCUAGGGGUCUUAUUAUUUCUUAUGAUUAUAUAUGUUUUCCUGCGCCGCAGCCUUUUCUCUUCGAUCUCUGAUAUUCCUGGACCGUUUUGGGCUUCAUUCAGUCGGCUCUGGCACACCAAGCAUGCCAUAAUCGGUGACCAGAAUGUGGUCAUCACUGAACUUCACGAGAAGCACGGGCAUUUCGUACGUAUCGCCGAUGACGAAGUCAGCGUGAUACAUCCAGACGCUAUCAAGGAGGUCCUCCUCAAGCCCUUGAAGAAGGGGGCAUGGUACAGCUUCUUCGCUAUCCCAAAUCCUAGAUAUCAGUCGGCCUUUAGCACUGUCGACCCGGCGCGGAAGGCCGAGAUCACUCGUAACUAUGCGGCUGGCUUCACUCUUUCCAACAUCCUCAAGAACGAGGACGCCAUGAACGAUACUGUGGGGGUAUUUCUCGAUCACAUGGACGACUUUUGCGACAAACACGAACCAGUGGAUCUUGACAAAUGGAUUACCUUCUGCACUUUCGACCUCCUGGGCGAAGCCAUGUUUUCCAAGCCGUUUGGGUAUCUCGAGACCGGCACAGACGUGGGCAGCUCGAUCGAGAAUAACCAGUUCCUGAGCAUGCUCGGGUCGCCGGCGGCGAACCACGGCCCCGUGCGGCUGCUCAAUCGCCUCGUCCUCGGCAACCCCUUGGUCAGCGGCGCCGGCAUCUUGCCCAUGGGCCACCUCGUCAACACCUGCAUGGAGAACCUGGCCGGGCGGGAGAAGAACGACGACAGCCGCUUCGACAUGGUCGCCCAUUGGAACCGCGCGAUCAAGCAGCAUCCGGGCCGCGUCAGCAUGUUCGAUUACCAUGCCCACGUCGUCUCGGUGUCGGGUGCUGGUGGGGAAUCGGUAUCCUGUGCUCUUCAGUCCUUCGUGUACCACAUGAUCCGCACACCUGGCAUGUGGGCUCGCGCACAGCAGGAGGUUAACGAAGCGCGUCGGAAGGGCUUCUGUGGCGACCGUGUUGUGUCAUAUGCUGACGCGGUGAAACUGCCGUUUCUGAACGCCUGUAUCAAGGAAGCACUGAGAAUACACACCCCAGUUGCGUGGAACCUGCCGAGAGAAGCUGGAAAGCAGGGAAUCACCAUCGGUGGAAAGACAUUUCCGGAAGGCGUCAUCGUCUCGGUUAACCCGUGGGCAUUCCACCAUUCUAAGCAUCACUGGGGCGAAGAUGCUCGUAGAUUCAAACCAGACAGGUGGUUCGCUGGAGAUACUGCCGAUAAGGAGAAAUAUUUUCUUUCUUUCGGAGCGGGACCAAAUUCUUGUCCGGGCCAGCAUCUCGCUAGGGUUGAGCUGGCCAAGAUUGCAGCGGCAUUGGUGAGAGACUAUAAUAUUCGCUUGGCCGAUCCGAACCAUAUCUGGAAAUGGAAGGCGCAUUUCACCAUGGUGCCACGAGACUGGCCUGUCUAUAUCGAGAAGCGAUGAGACUUUGAGGCUAGGUAGUUGAGUGUAUACGUUUGACGUUCUGGAACAUCUCAUUAUGUAUAAAAAGUAUGUCUUGAAAGCUUGUAUCCGCCACACAGCUGGCGAGACGCUAUACACAAAUUCUAUUUCAGCCGGGAACAGUAGACUUACAAGCGAUGUUUCACAAUUUCUCUA